AUGUACCUCUCACGACGUACAGUCGCGCCGCCUCCGCCACAGACCUCGACCACCGCGCUGACUGGGCGCCUCCUCGCGCUGUCCCGCUGUCCCGCUGUCCCGCCAUCCCGCCGUCACGCUGUCCCGCUGUCCCACCAUCACGCUGUCGCGCUGUCCUGCUGUCCCGCUGUCCCACCGUCCCACCGUCACGCUGUCCCGCUGUCCUGCUGUCCCGCCGUCCCUCCGUCACGCUGUCCCGCUGUCUUGCUGUCUCGCCGUCCCACCGUCACGCUGUCCCGCUGUCCUGCUGUCCCGCCGUCCCGCCGUCACGCUGUCCCGCAGUCCUGCUGUCCCGGCGUCCCGCCGUCACGCUGUCCCGCUGUCUUGCUGUCCUACCGUCCCGCCGUCACGCUGUCCCGCUGUCUUGCUGUCCUGCCGUCCCACCGUCACGCUGUCCCGCUGUCCUGCUGUCCCGCCGUCACGCUGUCCCGCUGUCUUGCUGUCCCGCCGUCCCACCGUCACGCUGUCCCGCUGUCCUGCUGUCCCGCCGUCCCACCGUCACGCUGUCCCGCUGUCCUGCUGUCCCGCCGUCCCGCCGUCACGCUGUCCCGCAGUCCUGCUGUCCCGGCGUCCCGCCGUCACGCUGUCCCGCUGUCUUGCUGUCCUGCCGUCCCACCGUCACGCUGUCCCGCUGUCCUGCUGUCCCGCCGUCCCACCGUCACGCUGUCCCGCUGUCCUGCUGUCCCGCCGUCCCGCCGUCACGCUGUCCCGCAGUCCUGCUGUCCCGGCGUCCCGCCGUCACGCUGUCCCGCUGUCUUGCUGUCCUGCCGUCCCGCCGUCACGCUGUCCCGCUGUCUUGCUGUCCCGCUGUCCUGCCGUCCCGCCGUCACGCUGUCCCACUGCCCCGCUGUCCCGCUGUCCCGCUGUCCCUCUUUCCUCUGCAACUUUCUGUCCCGCGGCUGCCGCAUACCAUGUCACCACACUGCAUUUUCCCACGAGACGUAG